GUUGUUUGGCUGCUUUGAAAAUUGAAGUGGAUUUUGGCAAUUACAGAGUUGCUCAUUUUUUUUGUUGUACAGGCAUUUAAUGUUCAUUAUGAAGUGCUCUUUCGAAUGAUAUAAUGAUUCAAUGGGUUGGGACAUUAGGAUAUUUUUGAAUGAGCCAUGUCUGUAUCCGACGAGGAGUACCGCGAGCGACAGGAGAAUGAGGUGCUGGUCAUCCAGUCGAUGUACCCGGCACCGGGCGAGUUCGAGGACCUGCGUCAGAACGACGUGUGGAAGACGCCGCGGCCGCCGGAGAUGGCGCUACGGCUGCAGGCGGCUGCGCAGCCGGGACAGACGGCCAGCGGGCUGCGGCUGCGGCUCAAGAUGCCGCCCCAGUACCCGGACCUGCCGCCCGAGAUCCGGCUGGAGGAGCCGCGUCAGCUGUCGGACGCGGACGUGGCACGGCUGCGCGCCGAGCUGCAGCGCGCCGCCGAGCAGCUGCGCGGCUCCGAGAUGGUCCAGGAGCUGGCCGACCGCUGCCGCGAGCUGCUGACCGCCGUGAGCCGGCCGCGGUUCGACUCGCUGCACGCCGAGAAGGAGCACCGCGAGCGCGUGGAGGCCGAGGCGGCGGCGGCGCGUGCUCACCAGGAGCGCCAGCGGCAGGAGGAGGAGCGCGCGCGCUGCCGCUCCGAGGUGCAGCGCGAGCAGCGCCGCCUGCUGGCUGAGGAGCGCCGCGCCGCACGCCGCCGCUUCUCCGAGAGUCAGCUCGACUCGGGCACGGCCUGUGUCUCGGAGAGUGCCGAGUGCGCCGAGCACGCGGGCGCGCGCCGGCUGACGGUGGCCGGCAGAGACGAGCUGCUGGUGGGCCAGUGUCUGCAGCACACGGCCGCCGGCGCCGCCGUGCGCGCCUGCCUGGACACCCGCUCUGGCGAGCCGCUGCGCGUGCAGCAGUGGUCAGUGCGCUGGCGGACGGCCAGCCGCACCCGAAAGGUGCACGACGCGGCCGCCGAGCCGGCCGGCCGCGAGCGGCGCACCGUGCUCGACCAGCUGUCGGCGCUGCAGCGCGAGGUGGCGCGGCUGGCCAAACACCGACACGACAACCUGCUGCACUACCUGGGCAUGUGCUUUGAGGAGACGGCCGCCGGCGCUGAGGUGUUCGUGCUGCAGGAGUUCGCGCAGGGCGCCGAUCUGAGCUGGCACGUGCGUCACGGCGGCCGCGCCGAGCCGGCUCUGCUGAGGCUGCUGGCGGCCGGACUGACGGCGGCGUUGGCGCACCUGCACUCGCGCGACAUCACCCACCGCGACCUGCGGCACACGAGCGUGCUGCUGGAGAGCAGCGGUCAGGUGCGGCUGGCAGACUACUCGGUGGGCCGCCGGCUGGCCGAGCUAGCCGGCGCGCCGACGCCCCCACCGCCCGACUACCCGCCCUACACGGGCCGGCCCAAGAAGGCGGACGUGCAGCGACUGGGCGCGCUGCUGGCCGCAGUGGCGCGCGGCGGCCUACGCUCGGAGCCGUCGCCGCCGCCCGACUGGCUGCCCGCGCCGGCGCGCGACUUCCUGGCGCGCUGUCUGGAGCCGGACGAACAGCGGCGCUGGUCAGCCGCCGAGCUGGCCGAGCACGGCUUCCUCAGCGGCGACUGGCGCCGGCCGGACGCGCCCCUGCCGGCCGCCGCCGAUGUGCGCGACGACCCGGUGGCAGCGGCGGCGGCGCCUACUCCGGAGCCGGCGGCGGCCGCGCUGCCGCUGCCGUCCGGCUCCAGCCAGCAGCUGGCCAACAACUUCCUCAUCCUGGAACACCUGGGGCAGGGUGGCUUCGGGGAGGUGCUGAAGGUGCGCAACAAGGUGGACGGCAACCUGUACGCCGUGAAGAAGAUUAUGCUGGAGCGGGACCGACCGCAGGACCUGAAAAAGAUCAGCGUGGAGGCACAGCACCUGGCAAUCCUGCAGCAUGAGAACAUCGUGCGCUACUACACCUCCUGGAUGGAGACUGAGGACGCCGCGGAUGUGGAAGACAGCGAGGACGGUGAGAGCGAAGACGAGGAGACGCUCAGCGGGCCUGACGAGGAGGAUGAGGACGAGUCCUCGGACGGUAUCUUGUUCGCCUACGUGUCGGAGGGCGGCGGCGGCCCGGCAGGGGACGGUCCGUCGCCGCCGGCCGCCGGCCCGGAGCCCAACUGCGAGCCGAGCGGCAGCCGGCGGCGGCGGCGGCCGGCGCGCACGCGUCGCUGUCUCUGCAUUCUGAUGGAGUACUGCGAGAAGAGCACUCUGCGCACGGCGCUGCCAGAACUGCCGCGCGACCAGCAGCGCCUCUGGCGACUCUUCAGGGAGAUCGUCGAGGGCCUGGCACACGUGCACGGUCACGGCCUCACCCACCGCGACCUGAAGCCCGACAACAUCUUCCUGGACCGGAGUGAGCACGUCAAAAUCGGUGACUUCGGCCUGGCCACGUCCAAAGUGGUGCGGCCGCGUGCCGAGGAGGCGGGCGCCGAGCGGCCGCAGGGCCCGGCCGCCGCUGAUGUUUCGGACACGUCGUAUGCGUACGCGGUGGGCACGGCGCUGUACCGUGCUCCCGAGCUGGAGCCGGCGCCGGCCGACGGCGAGCACGGCUCGACGCGCCGCGCCCGCUACACCAACAAGGUGGAUCUCUACAGUCUGGGCGUCAUCUGGUUCGAGAUGUGCUGCGGCACCUUCGCCACCGGUUCGGAGCGCAUCCACCGGCUCUGUGAGCUGCGCAAGCCCGACAUGCACAUCGGCGACGACAUCCGGCAGCGGCUGACGGACCAGCAGGUGCAGCUGCUCGGCCUGCUGCUGCAGCACGAGCCGACGAAGCGGCCCUCGUGCGUGGAGCUGCUCAGCUCCGAUCUGAUGCCCUCACCGCCGCUGGAGGAGGCGCGCCUCCGUAAAAUAUUCCAGGACACCGUGCUCAAGCCCAACACGCGCCGGUACGCGCACAUGGUGGACGCGUGUUUCUCGCAGCGCGCCACGGCCACCGACGACUGUGCGUACGACGUGCAGCUGGGCCGGCGCGCGGUGGCGCCCGAGCGCGGCGCGCUGGCGGCCGUGGCGCGCCGCCGGCUGGAGCGGCUGUUCGAGCGGCACGGUGCGGCGCCGCUGCCGCCGCCGCUGCUCACUGUGUCGCUCUCGGCUUCAGCGGACGGCGCCGCGGUGCGCCUGAUGACCGGUACCGGCCGGCUGGUGGAGCUGCCCCGCUCGCAGCGCCGGCCGCUGGCGCGACUGCUGGCGCGCGCCGGCACCGCGCCGCUCCGACACUACGCCAUCGAGCGAGUGUACGAGGAGCGGCUGCCACGCGGGCAGCACCCGCGCGAGCGGCUCGAGGCGCUGUUCGGCAGCCUGUCGGCGCCGGCGGCGGCGGCGCUGGCGGACGCUGAGCUGCUGUGCGUGCUUUCGGAGCUGGUGGCGCUGUUCCCGGCGCUGGCCGACCGCGAGUACCGGCUCGUGCUGGGGCACACGCUGCUGCUGGAGGCGUCGCUGGAGGCGGCCGGUGUGCCCACUGAGCGGCGUCAACAGGUGGUGGAGCUGCUCUGCCGGCACGACGCCGACUCUCAGCGGCAGCAGGUCCAGCGGGGAUUGGAGGCGCUCGGCUUGUCGGCCAAGUGUAUCAACCAGCUGUGGUUCCGUCUGGAGCUGCGCGGGAGUCUGGAGCGCGUGCAGCAGCAGCUGAGCGGCCGCCGGCCGUCUGAGGCGGCCCGUCAGGCGCUGCACGAGCUCACCACCGUCACUGAUUACGCCGAGCGGCUGGGCGUCACGCUGCCCGUGCUGGUGUACCCAGGUCUGGUGCUGGGUGAGGAGCACAGCCAGUUCCGCGGACUGGUGUUUCAGCUGCAGUGCCCGCGGCGCCGCGGCGCGGGCAGCGCCGUGCUGGCCAGGGGCGGCCGCUACGACCCGCUACUGGCCCACUACUGGUCGCUGCUGGCUCCCGAUGGCGCGCCGCAGCCGGCCGCCGCCGCCGUCUCCAUCGCCUUCGACGAGCUGGCGGCGGCGGCGGCGCGCGAGGGCCGCUCGGCGGGCACGCCGUUCGACGUGGUGGUGGCGGGUGGCGGUGACCGGGCGGCGGCGCGCCGUCAGGCGGCCGUAGCGCGCCAGCUGUGGACGGCCGGCGUCAGCGCCUUCCUCUACUGCGGCGGCGACUCGCCGGCGGCUGCUGACGACGCGGCGCGCUGGGCGGCCGAGCGCGGCGCGCGCGUCCUUCUGCUGCCCAAAGACUCGGACUCUCGGAUGGUGCGCGUGCGGCCGUUGGAGGGGCGCGGCACCGCCAAGGCGGUGGUGUUCACCUCUGACCUGCUGGAGCACCUGGCGCGGCUGGGUGUUAGCGGUGAGCGGUGCGGAGAGCGGCCGGCCGAGCCGCCGGCGCCGGCCGCCGAACUCUCCGUCCACUGGGUGGUGCGCAGUGCCGACUCACUGCGCUCGGGCCAGCGGCAGGCGCUGGAAGCCACCGCCGAGCGCCACCUGGCCGCCGAGCUGGCCGCGCUCGGCCCGUCCGCCCGCACUGAGCUGCUUAUGGUCGAGCUGGACCGCGAGGACGUGAUGCAACUGAGCCGACUGCGGCUCAACGAGCCCGAGCAGUCGUUCCAGCAGAGUGUCGACCAGGUGCUGGACGCAUGCCGCGCGCAGCGCAAGUACGUGGCGCGCGUGUGUGACGAGCUGGCGCGCGUACGGGCGCGCCGCUGCACCGUACUCGUGUUCGGGUUCCAGGCCAAGUGUCACCUGCUGCUGGCCUGUGCCGGCACCGAGCACUGGCGAUAGCCGUCGGACUGGACCGACCGACGGGGCGCGGAAGACGGAAGGACCGGAGGUGCCACUGCGAGGUCAGUUGCCCUCGGGGCCUGGGCCAAGUCAGUCAUACGCUGUUCACCAUGAAGCUUAGACUGCCGUUACGGUUUUAAAGACGGAACGUUUUCCAAAAUGUUGCGUGAUAACCGGCGGGUUUGGUCCUCUGACAGUGGGGGCCGUAUGCGGAGUGGUGGUGCCGUGAGGAUUGGUGUCGUGGUCUAGGUAUCGCCGCUGACUGCGGGGCUCGUUUACUGCUGAAAAAGACACUGGGAGUCUGUGUACGCCCGAAUGGAGGCUGUGUCGUGUUGCGUGUAUCUUGAGAGGGGCGCCGUCCUAGCAUCCAGCUGUAAUUCCUGCCUCUGACGGCGAGCCGGUGUCCGCUGUCCACUGCCUUGUGGAAGUGUCCGCAGGUAGGGAGGGUGUGUCCGUUCUCCGCCGGUCGGUGUCCGCUGUCCGCCGUUCGGGACAGCAGUGCCGAUGGCUGGACCAGGCUGUGAGCCGGGGCGUUGCGACCAAAUCCAUUUGUUAGGUAUUGCAGCGCCAGUUUUACCUGUAAUGUGCCUGUGGAGACGUGUGCCGUGCAUGCUUUGUUCGCUGCUGUCAGCCAGUUGUGUUAUGACCUAUUGAUGCCUAGCGGGUCCGUGCCAAAAGACAGCAUUCGUUUAUUUAUUAUUAAUGGUAGUUUGACUGGGGUUAGCUUGGCUUUGUGGCAUUCUAUGUGUGUGAGUUCUAGUCGCCAGGUGUAGCUUCUGCUACAGUGGAUCCUUAUCACAUUUACGGGCACAGCAAUACGUUUGUACUCGUGUCUGAAAACUGCUCACAUAUCCUUAUUACCAGACCGCUGACGAAGCGGUCGAGCGCUGGAGAGGCAUUGGAAGCGGCAUAUUUUUGUAUGGACAAGCACAAAGUGCCCGUUAUUUUUGCAAACUAUGGUGCAAUGGUCUGUUGGUGUUUUGUUUUGUUAUGCAUACAAAUUUGAAGUAA